AUGAGUACAAAUACAACCGAGUUUUUGAAUAAUAUUUUCAUUUCAGAUAACAAGCCAGAUGUUCAAGCUAUAGGAUUUACCAUUUUAUUUGUUGUGAUUUCUAGUUACUUGGUUUAUACUAAGUUAGUUGCUAAAUCAUCUACCAAUCAAAAAGGAAAGCAACAAUCAAAGCAAUCAAAAUUAUAUGAUAAAUCUAAAGAAUACCAACCAUUAAACCCAACCCCAUUGACUGAUUUCAAAUGGGAUGCUGAACCACCAUUAAAAUCAUAUCCAUUCAAAAAUGCCGAAUAUAAAUUAACUAUGGGAAUUCGUACUUUAGAUCCACAAGAUUGGUUAUUAGUUGAACCAACUUAUAAAUCUAGAAUUGAAGCUAAACAAAAAAUCAUCACUAAUAGUCAUCCUGAUUAUCCGGCUGAUAAAGAUACUAGGUCAUCUACUUUGUUUGUUACCCCAGAAGCUACCCCAGCCAUCAUUGAAUUUUAUGAAAUUGUUAUGAAAUAUUUAUGUGAUAAAUAUCCUACUUGUUUCAAGAGAGAUGGUGACACUAUUCACAAUUUAAUUACUGACAAAACCUAUCCAGUUACUGGAACUGACCCUGUUAAAUUACAAGAAUAUUUAGUGGGUAAUAUUGAAGAAGAUUUUAUCAUCUUAUUGAAAGAUCCAACUAGAGAAGAUGAAGAAAAUGGUACUGAAUAUUUCUUUAAAGGGGGGAUUUUUGCAUUUGCUGCAGGUUUUAAUCCAAGAGAUCGUUUCAAUAAACCAUUAUCAUUUGUUCAUGGUCCUAUUCCAGGUUAUGAACAAAAAUUGAAAUUAUCAAUGAACAGAUUUUUCAAUAGAUUAUUACCUGGCCAAUUUGUCACUAGACUGAAUUAUUCAAUGCAAACACAUAAUAAAUUUUAUGUCGAUGAUGCCAAUAAAGGCCAUAAUUUACCUGAAGGUUUCGUUCAAGAACCAUUGAAAUAUGAAGAUUUGGAUUUUGAAAACCAAGUUCAUUACAGAAGCGAAAGACAAGUUUUGACUAAGUUACCUAAGUCUGGUGCUAUGGUAUUUACAAUCAGAACAUACCUUUUACCAUUAGCAGAAGUUAAAAAAGAAGGUAGAGAAGUUUGUGACAGAUUAAUUGGUGCCAUCAAUGGUUUUCCUAAAGAUAUUUCACAAUAUAAACGUGCUGAUGAAUGGGGUCCUGCAGUUAUUCAAUAUUUAUCAGAAUAA